AUGCAUGAACCAACAGAGCUUCCAGAGCCAUUUCGCUCUCUUCUCUAUGAUCUUGAAAAACCUUUGCCGGCUGAUUUUCCCAAAGAAAUGCAGAGAUCUUCAUUUGACGAGAUGUUUGAAGGAAUGCCCGAAGACCUCCGUCCUAAUCUCCCCAAGCCGCUUCUCGACGAACUUACUAAAUCAAUCUUCGAUGAAUCUAUGAAAGCUACUAUAGAAGAUUCAAAGGACAUUUUACCUGAUGAAUAUCUCCAAACUCUUUUAGAUGAGUUUAAUAGAACGUUGCCCGAUGAUACGCCGAGACCUCCACGGGAUCAAGCUAUUCAACAUCUACGCUAUACUCUCAUUAAACAACAGAUCGACGGGAAUCAAAAUCUCUUCGAUGACUGUCGUCAAAUUUUACUUGACCAGUAUCGCAAACUUGAAUAUGAUGAAUACCGACAAUUUAUACGUGAUGGUCAUCACAAAUCUUUGGCCAACGGCUUUCCUCAAAGGGUACUUGAAAUGUGGCGGCGAUUAUACCCAGGGAUUAGGGAUAAGUUCUCUACGCUUAAACCCGAGGUUGAUGAAAUGUGCGAUGUCGCAGAGCAGGUUCAGGCUGUCAUACAACUCCUAUGUGAAAGGGAUGAGCGAUUUUCCUUCAUACAUUCCGCACUUGAAGAGUUUGUCAAUGGGCAUGACGGCCUACAGGACUGUCAGGAGAGUGUAGACCGCAUCGAUUCUACAGACCCAAACGAACUUGAGGAUUUUGUUGCUAUGGACAAGUUAUCUGAAAUUCUAACGUGGCCCAUAUCGAGACGAAAGCGCGAUCCAGCAGACAUGAUGAAUCUCAAGGGUGCUCUACACGAAAUUAUUGAUUCGACAAUAUAUGAGCUACUUGAUGUUUUCCGUGAUAUAAAAAUUGAGCAACCAUCGAUUGGUACCAGCUUGAUGACACACUUUGACCUUUUGUACGAUCUAUAUAGAAAAUCCGAACUAUCAACGCCGCAACCAGCGAUACAGGUGACCCCCAAGCCCCGAGAAGACAGCGCAAAUGAGACGAGUUACCAAUAUCCAAGCCGCCUCAAUUCCGCGAUAGGGGAGGUCCGGACCAUCAAGAUCCUUCCUAGUACCAGGAAGGAACGUAUUGAGUGCCACCUUGUAGUGCGCAAUCUAUACCACGACGAUAUUCCGGAGGCUUUAUCAUACGUCUGGGGUAAGGAUAUGUCUACGGAGAAGAUUCUGGUCGAUCACAAGCCUUUCACUGUCACGAAUAAUCUCCUUAAAAUCCUUCGAGACUUACGACGUCUGGAUAUCACCAGAGAGAUCUGGAUCGAUGCGAUUUGUAUCAACCAGUCAGAUUUUAAUGAAAAAACAGACCAGGUUCAACUCAUGAAAGAGAUCUACUCCAGGGCUAAGAAUACGGUCAUCUGGCUAAGCGGCGCCCACACGGAGAGCAAACAAAUAGAAGUUUCAGUAAAGAAUCAAGGAGAGUAUCCGGUAGAAAAUCAAAGAGCAGAUCAGUCCUUCAACAUGGAGGGGUUGUAUGCCCCUAUUCCUGUUGGGCUUGGUGGGGUUGACAUAGAUCAAUACGAUCUCGCUGCGAUCUUGAAGGAGUCUCUAAAGUAUUCUAUGGACGCCCCAUGUGCAGAAGACCCAGCCGGCCCCUCCUGGGUUCUCGAUUUCACUUACACCGACGCGGGCUUUCGUGGCAACAAGUCAAUUAGAGAAACUAAACACAAGGUGACACUUGACGGUUUUAUCUCCGAGAAUAACCUUUCACACCUUAAGCUUGAAGAUGGCGCGGACAAUAUGUGCCUGUGCACUCCAACAACUCUAUUUUGCACAGGGCACUAUAUAGACCAAGUCCGAUGGGUCGGUCUGAUGCCAAGAUUGAGUGAUGCGGCAACUCUCACAGCAUUCACAGUAUUGACAUCACUAACUCUCGAAGUGUUCAACACUCGCGAGUCGUUACUUGGCAUUCCUGCUACAACUGAAUUCGGAGAUGAUGUAAAUACCGAGUUCCUUUCUAUAACCCAUUUCCUUUUAAUGCAGAACAAUGAACCAUUGGAUCUAGAAAAUCUCGAUGAGCUCGCCAAUAUUCGGAAUCAGGAGCUCGUUGGGAAACCAGUCUUCAUUACCGAGAAGGGACUUGUGGGGAUUGCUACGGCUCUCAUCAAACCAGGCGACUCCCUCUCGUGGAUACAUGGUUCACCUAUCUAUCUCAUCCUUAGAGAAGUGGAGAAUCGGGACAACAGUUCAGACGAUGUACGACAGGACUGUAUUGUUGCCCGUGCGGCCGUCAAUGACAAAUUGAUUCAUGGCAAGAAGAAUAUGAAAGACCUUAUCUAUUCGACACCUAGUCUUCCCUUCCAGAUUGUCUAA